AUGGACGCUGAAGAGGCUGAGAAAAUGGCCCCUGGCAGUAAUGACAUGGGACCCGACGCCACGGUUCAGGCAACUGGAGAAGAGACAGCCAACGCGACAACGCAAGACGGCAAAGACUCAACGAAGGAAUCGGAGGAGUUGGCCGCAACAGGCGGCCAGCGGGAUAUUCAAGAAUCGAUGGAGGAAGACAUGGGUGCCAGUGGCGAGAUCGCUACGCCAGAAGCCAGCACAAAGUCUCCGGAAGCGACCACGGAAUGCGGCAAGCGUAACCGAGUGGAAAGCACGGAACGCCACCUGAAACACCCGGAGCGUCUGUGUCAACGCGGCCCUUCCACGCUAAAUAAGCUUUGGGUAACCUGGCAGCCCGCCAGUGGGCGACAGUACGCCGUCGGUCUGUUCUUGGUCAAGAAGCUCUCAGCAGCGACGAUUCUGAGCGGACUGUAUCAGUUGAACGCGGCAGUGACGAGAGCCAUGAUCAAGAAGAAAGCUAAGCGUCGAGCAACUAUAGGCGAGGACGUGGCGAUAACCAGGUUCCACGUUUCCCUCACGUGUCCGCUGAGCCGCACCCGCAUGAAAGUUCCGUCUCGCGGACGCCUUUGCAAGCACCUGGACUGCUUCGAUGGGUCGAGCUAUCUGCAGGUCAACGAGCGGAGGCCCACGUGGACAUGUCCAGUGUGUUGCAAGCCGGCCUCCUUGUCGUCUUUGGUCGUUGACCAGCUGUUUACAGACAUCUUGGCGAACGCGCCCGGCGACUGCAACGGCGUCGUACUCCACGCGGAUGGCUCCUGGACUCCGUCGCCGGCGACGCAGAGGGCCGACGGCGUCCCUACUUCCGCACUGCAGUCUAGAGCUCGCAGUUCGGCGUCACCUUCCGAUUCCUUAUCCAGCGAGCAGGUCGCGCGGCAGCAGCCAAAAAUAGAAGUCAUUGACUUGACCUAUUCUAGCAGUGACGACGAUCAGGACUGUCCUGCGCUGCGAUAA